AUGGCGGGGCAACUAUUUGCGACACCUUGUCGGGGAAAAGACUAUGGCGGGGGCAACUAUUUGCAACACCUUGUCGGAGAAAAGACUAUGGCGGGGCAACUAUUUGCGACACCUUGUCGGAGGAAAGACUAUGGCGGGGCAACUAUUUGCAACACCUUGUCGGAGAAAAGACUAUGGCGGGGCAACUAUUUGCGACACCUUGUCGGAGGAAAAGACUAUGGCGGGGGCAACUAUUUGCAACACCUUGUCGGAGAAAAGACUAUGGCGGGGCAACUAUUUGCGACACCUUGCCGGGGACAGAUGGAAGUCGGAGAAAAGACUACGACGGGGCAACUAUCUGCGAUACCUUGUCGGAGAAAAGCCUAUGGUGGGGCAACUAUUUGCGACACCUUGUCGGAGGAAAGACUAUGGCGGGGCAACUAUUUGCGACACCUUGUCGGAGGAAAGACUAUAGCGGGGCGACUAUCUGCAAGACUUUGUCGGAGAAAAGACUAUGGCGGGGCAACUAUUUGCAACACCUUGUCAGAGGAAAGACUAUUGCAGGGCAACUAUUUGCAACACCUUGUCGGAGGAAAGACUAUGGCGGGGCAACUAUUUGCGACACCUUGUCGGAGAAAAGACUAUGGCGGGGCAACUAUUUGCGACACCUUGUUGGAGGAAAGACUAUGGCGGGGCGACUAUUUGCGACACCUUGUCGGAGAAAAGACUAUGGCAGGGCAACUAUCUGCGACACCUUGUUGGAGGAAAGACUAUGGCGGGGCAACUAUUUGCAACACCUUGUCGGAGAAAAGACUAUGGCGGGGCAACCAUUUGCGACACCUUGUCGGAGGAAAGACUAUGGCGGGGCAACUAUUUGCAACACCUUGUCGGAGGAAAGACUACGAUGGGGUAACUAUUUGCGACACCUUGUCGGAGAAAAGACUAUGGCAGGGCAACUAUCUGCGACACCUUGUUGGAGGAAAGACUAUGGCGGGGCGACUAUUUGCGACACCUUGUCGGAGGAAAGACUAUGGCGGGGCGACUAUUUGCAACACCUUGUCGGAGAAAAGACUAUAG